AUGAUAUCUAAUCAAUCUAUCGGCGAGGAGUUCGAUGGUAUCUGCUGUGGUUACUGUCUUCUUCGUGGGAAUGAAGUGUGCCAUCUUGCUGAGGGAGUCGACGAUAACGAGAAUGCAAUCGUGUCCACGAGGGGCGAAGCUGGCGGUUCUGCUAACGUUACGUCGGCAGAUUUAGCUGGAACCGAGGCUGCCGGGGCUGCUGUUGAGGAUGUCGUUUUCUUCCUGCCUGAGCGAGACGGGCGUUCUCCUACCAUUGCCCGGAAGUUGGUGUUGGGCGCUAUUCCAGUAGAUAGUCGGAUGAGAAAUUGUCAGGUUCGGGAACUCCGCCGAGAAGUCUAG